AUGGUACGGAUCCGUCAUAUCAUGGAGAUGCGUCGAGCAUGCAAGGCUCCGCCCCUUCUACCGCCGAAACUGAGGAAAGAAGGCUCUGAGAGCACUGAUCGUCGUGGUCCGAAAGAUGUGAUGGAUUUGACAUUCCGAGUGAAUACACUGGCUCCCGAGAGAUAUGCAUCCAGUAGUUUCUAUCUUCAUCUCUACGAAAGUCAGGAUUCUUCAGAAGGACCCUGGAAUUUGCUCGACCUCAGAGUUAAGGCUUCCAUUCGGUCCAGUCGGGUUCGGUCCGACCGCCGACAGACCGCCGACCGACCGACUGCCGCCGACCGAGCCGACCGAGGUCCGCAUUUAUUCUUCGAAUAUGCAGCUAUCCAUCUGAACGUUCGUCUUGUCCAUAUCCCACUCACGUUCAUGCUCGGAUUCUUCGUGACAAUUGUGGUGGAUAGAUGGAGAUCAGUAUUUACGAAUAUCGGAUUUAUUGAAAAGGAUGACCUGGAAAAGAUGUAUAAAUGCGAGACAAUGUAUAAUAAGUACUGGUUGCCGACUCAUUGGGCAAACCAGCUGGUUCAUAAGGCAAUGUUUGAAACGAAGAAUGUGGACUCCGUACAGAGUAUGAACUCGGUGUUGAUGAACAUAAAAGACUUCCGUCAAUCUAUGGAAAUGUUGACAAAAUACGAUUGGGUACCAAUCCCAAUUGCUUAUCCACAGGUCGUCUUCCUGGCAGUCCGUGUCUACUUCAUUAUCUGUCUGAUUUCUCGUCAAUACCUUCUAUCUGCUCCACCAACUGAGGCUCAAUCAAUCGUUCCAAUCAUGACAAUUCUACAAUUCGUGUUUUUCGUCGGGUGGAUGAAGGUCGCCGAAGCUCUCCUCAACCCACUCGGUGAAGAUGACGAUGACUUUGAGUGUAACUGGCUUAUCGACAGAAAUAUGUCAACUGGAAUCGAGAUUGUCGACACGUGUCAUGACUCGUGUCCACCUUUGAAAUUAGAGGAACCUGAUGAUGAGAAAGGAACGAUGUACUGGUGCCAUCCAACAAAAAAUGGGUCUCAAGCGCCACCCACUGCAGUUGCAAUCUCUCAACACAAGAAUCCAUUUGCGAAAGUUUUGAAUAUGGUACACCCGACGACGCCUGAAUCGUCGCCUCCUUCUUAUCGUUUGGAUGUUCCGAAACAAUAA